AUGGAGAAUGUAGAACUUGACACUCUGGAAAGACCAGCUCAGAGUGAGAAGGAAAUAUCUGAUGAGAGCGCAGUAGAACACCCGAGUGACUUGAAUGAAGGCAAGAGAGAUGAGAAUGAGGGAACCGAACAGAGAAAGAGGGGAUCCCGUAUCCGACGGGCGUUACGAGCUCUGCACUGCCGCUUCUCCAACAUUGAUAUCAACACAGAGCGUGAAGCUACAGCUUCCAUCCUCUCCUCGCGGCCAUCAGAGCACAGUGGAGGAUUGUUGCAGAGGUGUGUCAGCGGCCUUUCUCAAAUAAGGAAGAGGUGGAAACAAAGAACUGCAACUGUUCAUCCAUUACCAUAAAUGUGAUUAAAAUAUUCACUCUCUCAAUCCUAAUUCACCACGUCGCAGGGACCUGCAAGUCCCGUAUUCAUCUGUUAUAUGAGGUCUGUCUGGAAAGUAUCCAUGUGAUUUGAAAAGUAGAGACAUUUAUUGAAGAAGAUAGAAGAAACAUUGUACAUAGGACAAUGAUGCCUUAGUCCCGUUUAUAGUAGGCACCUUGGAAACUCACGCAGUUCUCCCAGUGUCUCUAGGACAGGGUCUAUGCAGCCUGUCCUUUAUAUUAGUGCUAAUAAAUAGCAUUGUACAAAGAGCUCCUUAAAUGAAUACAUUCUGACGUUUGUUUUUCGUUUCACGUGUAGCUGGUUAAAAAUGAAACAAAUGAAGUUGAAGAAAUCUGUGCGGAUUGUAUAGAGGAUGUAGAACCUGACACUCAGGAAAGACCACCUCAGAAUGAGAAGAAAACAUCAGAUGAGAAAGCAAUAGAACCCCUGAGUGACUUAGAUGAAGACGACAGAGUUGAGAAUGAGGGAACCAAACAGAGAAAGAGGGGACCCCUUCUGAGACAGGCGUUACGAGCUCUGUGCUGCAGUCUCUCCAAUACUGACAGCAGCAUGGACAGAGAAGCUGCUGCUUCCAUCCCCUCAUUCGACCCACUGGAGCACAGUGGAGGAGCUGUAGAGGUGUGUCAGUGGCCUGUCUCAAAUAAGGAGGAGGUAGAAGCAGAGAACUACAACUGUCCAUUCAUUACCAUAAAAUUCAUUAAAAUAUUCACUCUCUCAAUCCUAAUUCACGAUUUCGCAGGGACCU